UCUCCUAGGUUGGUCUGCUCCAGGAAGCUUCCAUGAAAGCGCAUGAAAUACUGAGUUAUCCUUUUUGCCAAGUGAUCUCAAGCAAGAGGAAAUCCUGCGUCCACUUGUGAGUAGCAGCCAAAGAAGUCCAGUCUCUGUUGGGAGGAGAAAAGGAAGUCCAAGAAGUUUUCGAAUCUGGUGGAGUGACUUUUCUUAAUGGCUUCAUCCAGUGGCUCCAGCAGUGACUGCUCCAGGGUCAUUGAUCACAGCCAUGUCCCAGAGUUUGAGGUGGCCACCUGGAUCAAAAUCACCCUCUUCCUGGUGUACCUGAUCAUCUUUGUGGUAGGCAUUCUGGGGAAUAGCAUCACCAUUCGGGUUACCCAGGUACUGCAGAAGAAGGGCUACUUGCAGAAGGAGGUGACAGAUCACAUGGUGAGUUUGGCUUGCUCAGACAUCUUGGUCUUCCUCAUUGGCAUGCCCAUGGAGUUCUACAGCAUCAUCUGGAACCCCCUGACCACACCCAGCUAUUCCUUGUCCUGUAAGCUUCACACUUUCCUCUUUGAGACUUGCAGUUACGCCACGCUGCUACAUGUGCUGACGCUCAGCUUUGAGCGCUAUGUUGCCAUUUGUCAUCCCUUCAGGUACAAGGCUGUGUCUGGGCCUUGCCAGGUGAAACUGCUGAUUGCCUUUGUAUGGGUCACCUCGGCCCUGGUGGCAUUGCCCUUGCUUUUUGCCUUGGGUGUUGAGUACCCUCUGGUGUAUGUGCCCAAUCACCGGGGUCUCACUUGCAACCGUUCCCGAACCCGCCACCACGAGCAUCCUGAGACCUCUAACAUGUCCAUCUGUACCAACCUCUCCAACCGCUGGACUGUGUUCCAGUCCAGCAUCUUUGGUGCCUUCAUCGUCUACCUCUUGGUCCUGCUCUCAGUGGCCUUCAUGUGCUGGAACAUGAUGCAAGUGCUCAUGAGGAGCAAGCAGGGCACGCUGACCGGGACUGGGCACCAACUGCAGCUGAGAAAGUCGGAGAGUGAGGAGAGUCGGACUGCGAGGAGGCAAACCAUCAUCUUCCUGAGGCUGAUUGUUGUGACAUUGGCCGUAUGCUGGAUGCCAAACCAGAUUCGGAGGAUCAUGGCUGCAGCCAAGCCCAAGCAUGACUGGACCAGGUCCUACUUCCAGGCGUACAUGAUCCUCCUCCCCUUCUCGGACACCUUCUUCUACCUCAGCUCCGUGGUGAACCCUCUCCUCUACAACGUGUCUUCGCAGCAGUUCCGCAGAGUGUUUGGGCAGGUGCUGCGCUGCCACCUGACACUCCAGCACGCCAACCAGGAGAAGCACUUGCGCGCCCAUGGGCGCUCCACCACUGACAGUGCCCGUUCCAUCCGCAGUCCGCUCAUCUUCUUUGCUUCCCAGCGUAAUUCUUCUGCAAGGAGAACUAACAAGGUUUUCUUAAGCACUUUUCAGAGUGAGGCCAAGCCGGAGUCUCAGUCCCAGCAACUGAGUCAGGAGUCACUACAGCCCAGCUCAGAGUCGAAGCCAGUCAAUUCUGCUGUAGAGAAUGGUUUUCAGGAGCAUGAAGUGUGAAUGUUAAGGAAACUGAAUGGGAACCGACCCUAUCCCCAUGAAAGCAAGUCACAAAAUAAACUGCGCCCCCAUCACGGACAGUAUGGAAGCCAGAGGAUAUGGAAAGGUUUAUGCCCACCUUUGCGGUUUCUAAGGACUGAUUCUGCCAGCCUUGUCUAGACUGCUUACAAGGACAGGGGUGCUGAACUUUUGCUCCAUUCCCUCCCUUGAGUACACAUUGAAAAUUCAGUCUGACUGAAUUUAUUCAGAGCUUACAAAAGUGUUUUACAGGGAGCUCUUUCAUUAUUUGCAAAUGAACCAAAAGAGAACACAGACACCCCUCUCUACCCAGAAUAAAAGGACACUCAGAAGAGGUGGGGGAGGUGGAAGAGCCAGGGCCAGAAGAACAAUGCAGGUAGGGAUGGCAUCUCUGUCAGCUUCAGCAGUGUGCCAAGAAGAGGGCUAAUUUGAGCAGCAGGAUGGUGGUGGGGAGCCCCGGCCUGAGGGUCGAAGCAGAACUGCCCCUUUUCUUGGGCCUUGGCCCGUUGCAAAGAGGGGUGUUGCAGCAGCUGAUGCACACUGAGUUCAGCUUCCCUGGGGAGCAGAAGGACUGGUACCCGGCGGAGGCAAUAAGACAGGCUGCUGACGAUGCACACGACUUGCGGUACAUGAUCCCUGCAACACAGACCCACAGAGCUGGGUUAAGGUGUUGGUCAAAGCGCAGUCAUUCCUCUGAGAGCCCAAAUUCAAAUGGACAGCUCUUCCUUACUCCUCCCAGAGCCAGCGACUUGGUGGGACCCAGGGUUGUUUCACUGAACUUCCCAAAUACACAAGAUCUAUAUGAAAGAGGCAGUCAUCCUUUCACUACUUUUGACAAAAAUGUUCCAAAGGUAUUCUAGAUGCCAAUACCAGUGAACAAAGAGCUGUUAAAAUCAAAGCCUGUUUUUUAAGCCAGUGUUCAUACUUUGUACUCAACACAGAGAUUUUUAUUUACGUUUCUUGGUUCAAAAUAUCUCAUGCCAGGAGGACCACACACAGCAUGUCUAGAUCUUACCGCUGUUAUUACUUUAUCAGUGACCACAGAGAGAUGGCUCUCAACUGUGUGUUUAUUAUAUCCUAGAAUUCUUUGACUAAAGACCAACCCUCCCCCCCAAAAAAAAAUAUUAAUCCAGGCCCUACUGCACAGGCCCUUAUUUUUCCCAGAGUUGAUGGUCUAGUGGAUUUGAUGGAGAGGUGGUCUGGCUGACAGUGUGCCCAGGACAACCUCAUCCUAAGGGAAGAAGCUCUGCCCUUAGGACAAAUGGUCAUUUGCCAAGUUGGCAUCAAAGAGCGGGCAUUCAAUAAUGUACACCAUCUGGGCACAAAAAGGAGCUUCCUGAGAAGACUGGAGGGCUUGUCUGAAGGAACAUAUGUGCCCUGUCCAGUUGCAGUGCAGUCAACAAAUUAGGGUGUCCUAGAUAAUCAUUUGACUUUUGAAAGCCAAGAGUCCACUCAUAUUGAAUAAUAAGUUUAUCUAAGAGCUCUCCUGGAUUUCAGACACUAUUCAGAUGCCUUCCAUAUCCUAGUUCAUUUACAACUGUGCUGUACUUUGAAUCUGGAGUGUCUGCUAGAGGCCCAUGUGUUGAAGGCUUGUUUCUUAGCAAGGCACAACAGGGAAGUGGUGGAAACGUUAAGAGACAGAGCCUAGUAGGGGAUCUUGGGUCACUGGGGGAUGUCCUCAAGGGGGAUUGAGGGGUUUUAGCCAGUUCCUACCUGGCUUCCUGGCUAUGAGAUGGGGAGCUCCUCCACAUGUCCUCUGCUAUGAUGUGUUGCCAUGCCAUCAUCCCAUAACUGUUGUCUGCAACCUCCAAAACUGUUAACCAAAAUAAAUCUUUC